CAUAAUUAUUAGUUCUUGCAUUAACUUAACAGCGGCGACGAAGAUAUUAUUACAAGCUGCAUAUUAUACUGGUCCGUAAUAGUCAUAAUGUGUUACUAAAUUCUAAUAUUAUUAUAUCCGGAUCAGUUUUGAUCCUGAAGUAGACAACAUACAGAAGCUGUAAUAUCUUCCGAAUACACAGUCAUAUUCCGUAAAUGGUACACCCAACUCGAAAACCACUGGUUCGCGCCUGGAUCCUGCUAGUUAUUGUCGCCAGCGUCCAUGCGCACGGCGACCAAGGUAGCAGUGGCGCACGCGAAUUGCCGUACCAAUUAGGAGCCAUCCCAGUAAAUUGGCCUCAAAUGGGUCCGCCGCAGCAGCCGCAAACCGGUGGCGGUGGAGGGAUCUUCAACAUGCUGUUCCCGAUGCCGCCGGGUAUGGGCGGUGGGAGACCCAUGCAAAUUCCGCCAAUGGGGCCGCCGUCGAACGCCGGCAGCUUUGGAGGUCCCCCUGGAGUACCCAGCCCCGGAGUGUGGAUGAAUAACUUUGGUACGCCUCCCUGGAUGGGUGGUGGGCCUCCGUCCGGUGGUGGUAUGCCUCCAGGAAUGGGCGGAAGACCUCCCGGACAAGGGAUGCCUCCAGGAAUGGGAGGUGGUAUGCCUCCAGGAAUGGGAGGUGGUAUGCCUCCGGGAAUGGGAGGUGGUAUGCCUCCAGGAUUGGGUGGCGGACCAGGCGGUGGCGGUAUGCCACCGGGAAUGGGCGGGAUGCCUCCGGGAAUGGGAGGACGACCUCCUGGACAAGGAAUGCCUCCCGGCAUGGGCGGAAUGCCUCCAGGAAUGGGAGGUGGCAUGCCUCCAGGAAUGGGAGGUGGCAUGCCUCCAGGAAUGGGAGGUGGCAUGCCUCCAGGAAUGGGAGGUGGUAUGCCUCCAGGAAUGGGAGGCGGCAUGCCUCCAGGAAUGGGAGGUUUUCGGCCAUCGGGUCUCCGGGGUUCGGCGGCUGGACCUCCGGCGGGUGGACUUCCGGCGGGUGGACCUUCGGCAGGUGGUGGCGCCGGGGCUGUGGCAGGCGGAGUGAGUCAGGAGCGACCGGCCGAUGAUAGUGUCCGCGCGGCCGUCAAUGCAGUCCGCAGCCAACUAGCGGAUAAGCUGGGACUCUCGGCUAACGCCCAGAUAGUCCCCAUUUCCUAUACCGUACAGGUUGUGGCCGGCGCAUUGUACCGCGUUAAAAUUAAAAUCGGUGCCGGCCUCGACGAACAGUACGUUCACGCCACUAUCGUCUACCAGCCCGGCAAAACCCCGAAUAUCUGGUCACCGCCUUACAGACCGGAAAGUCCAUGCGGGACCCCAUUCCGUCUUAAUACGUUUAUACGAAUUUUUAUUGGUAUCGAAAUUAAAAAGCAUAUGUACCGCGUUAAUGACCGCCGGUCUCGUUGGCAUUACUCCCAUUUUCACUAGCCUAAUUCUUAUGCAUAAGCCUCGGUUAAUCAAUAAAGCCAUCCGCCGGCCGUGCUCAACGUCCGCCUCGGUUUAAGAGCCCAGAAGGGCCAGAACGUCCAAGAACUAAAUUUAAUUCUUUAAAACGAAGAUUAGCCGAAUAACAAAUAUUCUGUA